AUGAAGCUUGGUCAUGUCGUUCUCUUACUUUUGUGCUUCUACUUAAGUUUUUGUGAGCCCGCUUCAACACCAGGCACAUCUCAAAAAGAUAUCGUGGAUAAAAAGUGCUUAACUGCAAAAUACACACAUCUCUCCUGCGAAAAGGUCUUCUGCCAACCAUGGCAGAAAUGCAUCGAUGGGACGUGUCUUUGUAAACUUCCUUAUCAGUGCCCAAAGAAUGGUACCAGGGUGUGUUCAACUAAUGGGAAAAGCUACCCAACUUACUGUCAGCAGAAGAGUUUUGAAUGCUUUCGUCCUGAGGCAAAGUUUUUAAAAAGUGGAGCAUGCACGGGUGAAGGGCAAUUUAGUGUUUCCUUGUCAAAUGGAAAACGAGAUUCAGAAGGAGUUGUUGCAGUAAAACUUGCAGACCAAGAUAGAAAAAUGUUUGUGUGUGGAGACAGCUGGAGCAUUACUCAGGCCAACGUGGCCUGCCUUGACCUUGGAUUUCCACUAGGUGCUCUUGAUACUCAUAGAAGAGAUCCUGAUCUAAAUUCUGCUGAAUGUCUGCACGUGCAUUGUCGAGGAUUAGAGACCAGUUUGGCUGAAUGUACUUUCACUAAGGGAGUAAUCAACAUUUUGAAGGGGUUGGCUGGCAUGGUGUGUUACACAGAGAGUGCAGCUCCUCCAAAAAAGGACUCCUUUCAAUGUGUGAAUGGGAAACGCAUUCCUCAGAAGAAGGCCUGUGAUGGGGUCAACGAUUGUGUAGACAACAGUGAUGAGCUGUGCUGUAAAGACUGCCAAGGUGAAGGUUUUCUCUGUAAAUCGGGUGUUUGUAUUCCAAAGCAGUAUAAAUGCAAUGGUGAGCUGGACUGUAUUACGGGAGAAGACGAAGUUGGUUGUGAAGGAACUCGACAUCUUGAAAUUAAAGAAGAAGCAGAAAUGUUGACUGCUGAUAUGGAUGCAGAAAGAAAAUUUACAAAGUCACUUUUGCCUAAACUAUCCUGUGGAGUUAAAAACAACAUGCACAUUCGAAGGAAGCGAGUCGUAGGAGGCAAGCCAGCAAAAAUGGGAGACUUCCCAUGGCAGGUGGCAAUCAAGGAAGGUGACAAAAUCCACUGUGGAGGAAUUUACAUCGGUGGCUGCUGGGUUCUGACCGCCGCACAUUGUGUCAGAGUCAGCAGAAUUCAUCGUUACCAAUUAUGGACAUCAUUUACAGACUGGUUAAAACCUGACACUGAGAUAGUUGUUCAAUUCGUGAAUCAAAUUAUUAUCCAUGAGAAUUACAAUGGAACUACCUACCAAAAUGACAUAGCUUUGAUUGAAAUGAAAAAACGCCCAAAUCAAAAAGAAUGUGUGUUGAGUAAAUCCAUCCCUGCCUGCGUCCCAUGGUCUCCAUAUCUAUUUCAGCCUAACGAUAAGUGCAUCAUUUCUGGCUGGGGUCGAGAAAAAGGUAACCAAAAGGUAUAUUCACUUAUGUGGGGUGAAGUUCAUCUAAUAAACAACUGCUCAAAGUUCUACCCAGGUCGCUACUUUGAAAAAGAAAUGGAGUGUGCAGGCACAGAUGAUGGUUCUAUUGAUGCCUGUAAAGGGGACUCUGGAGGCCCCUUAAUCUGUCAGGAUGUCAACAAUGUGACUUACGUCUGGGGUGUUGUGAGUUGGGGUGAAAACUGCGGAAACCCAGAGUUCCCAGGCGUUUACACCAAAGUGGCCAAUUAUUUUGACUGGAUUAGUCUUCAUGUAGGAAGGGCUCUUAUUUCUCAGCACAAUGUAUAA